UUUCCGCAUUUGUGUUUUUUGGCUAUUUAUUAGGUUUGAACAAAUUUUUAUCCAAACACGGAGAAAAUGGAUGUGACAUGACAUACAUGUAUGAAUAUCCUCAAUUCGUUAAAGUUAGCUUGCCACCAAAUGUGACUGUAGAGUACCGUCGCUAUGGACUCUAUGCUUACAGCGAAGGUCGACAGACGCAACAAGUGCGCAACAUGCAGUUCUCGGGAAUACCCGUCCUAUUUAUACCCGGACAGGGCGGAUCUCUCAAACAAGUCAGAUCGUUGGCGAGUGUUUCCCUCAGGAAGUCUCUCGGCUCAGACUUGCAGUUUCAUUUUGACUACUUCACUCUCGAUCUCAAUGAAGAGUACUCAGCCAUGUUUGGUGGUGUACUUCAGGAUCAGACGAGGUUCGCUGUCCACGCAGUCCAGAGGAUUCUCUCCCUGUAUCGUAAAGUGAGGCCGGAGUCGAUAGUUCUUGUGGGACAUUCCAUGGGAGGUAUGAUAGCGAAGGGGAUGUUUCUAGAGCCAGAUUUUCCAUCCCACGCUAUACGACUGGUGAUCACUCUCGCCACUCCUCACUCCCCCGUGCUGUUGACUGAUCCUUUGUUAAAACAAUACUAUGACAAAGUGUCUCCACAUUGGGCUAUCAGAAGUAACAACGUAACUGUAAUUUCUCUGGGAGGAGGAGUGAAAGACCUUGUUGUCAGAUCAGGAUUGACACUAACCGACCACGCAGAUAUCAGUGCCUUGACAACAGCUGUGUCAGAGGUGUGGAUGUCAGUGGAUCACUUGUGUAUUCUGUGGUGCAAACAGCUGGUACUGGUGCUGGUGAGGUCGUUGUUUGACUGUGUGGAUCUGCAAACACUGCAGAUAUCCCGGGAUCACCAGCACCGAGUUGACGUCUUCAAGUACCACUUGUUGGAGCGGUCGGCAGGCAAGAGAUUCCACGACUCUAUCCACCCAGCCCAAGUAACACUGCAGACACAACGGACAGAGUGGUACGAGCUGUCUCGUCCGCGGUGGCACGACAGUCGCUCGUACCUGCCUGUACCAUCACACAUCCUGCUGCAUCUACCCUCCAUACAGGACAUGUUGGCGGUGACAGUGUCAGGACACAAGGCUAGGGACUGGCUGUUCACAUGUAGUCAUCUGAGCAGUGCUGACGGCGGCCGCAGAUCUUGUGCUGUUGGAGAGAAUCUGUCAAGCCUGGGACGUAUUGCCCCGACCAAACAUCGCAAACACAAGGUGGCGCUAGUGAGCCUCCAAGACUUGAGGGUGCGAGGUCAGAACUAUGUGGUCAUCCGGCUACCCGCAUCAGACGAGCCGACAUCAGUUAGCUACGAUGUAUUUUCUACCAGAGAGCGAACCAUGUCAGUUAGCCUUCCCAAGUGGUUCGCUCCUCUGCAGACGACGGUGAUUGCAGAGACAACCAAGGAGGCAGUGUUUUACGUCCUGGAGCUGCCUCAGCUGGAGCGGCCGUGGCAGGCUUACCAACUGUCAAUCUCUGUCCUCAGCUGCUCCAGUGCUACCAACCUGAGUCACCAAGCAGUGGCUACACUCAGAAUACCAUGGAGUCAUCAGCACUACAGCGUUGUUUUGAAGAACAGUCCGCUGGCAAUAUUACCAAUCGUACUGCACACAGCAAGACCCUCUGAAUGGACUGGUGCAGACCCUUAUGUAACUUUGUUUCUUGACCCACAAUGCCAGUAUUCUAUAGGUGUUGACAGCUCGUUGGUAGACACUCUGGCCCAGAUAGUCCGUCUGUACUCCAGUCACAUUGUCGCCUAUGUGGCGGCCAUCUUGUUGUUGACCUUACAACAUCAGCUGCUGGUGUUGUCCACUCAGAACCAUUGUCUGUUGUUCCAUCAUGCUCUGUUGGAGGGAGCCAAGCCAUACUACAUACUGCCAGCGGUCAAGAUAGGUUCAACCCUUCUGGCACUUGUGCCUGAGCCUCUGAAGUCACUUCUGCCCUCUGCAGAUCUCACAACCCUGCAGCAGUCUGGACUGGACUUCAUGCUUCUUCCUUUGGUUCUGUAUGCUGUGGCCUUCUCCAUCACCUUCCUGGUGGGCCUGUUGGCCUACGCGGGCGUCGUCUGUAGCGGAUCCACCAUCAAUAAGUUUGCCCUAAAGUUUGUUGGCAAGUUGGCAGGGGUCAGUAGGACCUGGACGGAUUGGUUAAUGGCUGCUGUUGACAAAGUACCUUGUGUAGUUAGUGUCGCGAUGGUGGCAAUCCUUCUGACCUCGUGCGGAGGACUUGCAAUGGUCAUCGGGACAAUAUACUAUUUUAUGAGGGUAUGUGGAAUGUAUGAAGACUACAUAGAGCAGCUUUUCUUUGCACCGGUAAAAUACUUGAAAGACACUGUAAUGGCACGGUGGAAAGGCCAGCCUCGAACCAUGAUUGUGGACGACAUGAUCAGAGAGGCAGAAGAUCUGUUAUCGCUAAAGAACCUGACAGAGUUUAACUUCCAUUUGACCCUUGUUCUACUGUGGGGAACUGGAACGAUGGUCUACCUUCCUAGUGUUCUGGUGUGGGCCCACAACUUCAAAUACAACCCAGUACUGGACCCAGACCCAGCCACACUGUCUGUGCUCGUCUCCAGUGUCUGUAUAGCCUUAGUGUGGUCUGUGGACACUCCUGUGUGUUCUGAGAACAGCGGAGGAAUGUACAAACACAUGGCCAACCUCAUGUUCGUGUUGGCAACACUCACUCUGAUCUACUGCCCAAUCAGUCUGUACAACCUGCCCACAAUAAUUACAGCAGCUUUUGUAUGUCUCGCUCUGCAUCAGCUGUACGAAUGGACUUGCCAGCGGUUUAUUGGCAGCUCUGAUGAAACGUUGGCGACUACUGAAACCUUGGGGACUGAGGAGAGUGAAGACGAUCCUUCCAAACCAGCAAUCAAAGAUUCACCAGACUCUGAUGAUGAAACAGAAUCUGAUGAAUCGAGGAAAAACUCAACGUCUGAAAUAUCUAUGUCCUCUUAUGACGCAGUUUCACUUGCAGAGUUAAAAAUCAUUGCUAGAGAAAAGAAUGAGGAUGAAGAAAGUGAUGAAGGAGAGGAAAAUGAGGAAGAGUCAGAAAAUGAAGAUGAUGAAAAGGAUGACGAUGAUGAAAAGGUUGAGGGUGAUGAAAAAGAGGACAAUGAUGAAAAGGAAGAGGAAAGUGAAAAUGAACAUAACAAUGAACAAAAUUAUGAACAAGAGAAAAAAGACUUAAUGAACAAAAAGAAAGGAAAAUUUGAACAAAAUGUACUGAGAAAGCGCAAACAAAGGAAAGACGAAGAUGAUUCAGAAUAAGCUGUUUACCAAUGAAGUGAAGGAUUUGACACAUCUAGUCAAGUUAUUGCCUUAAAAUAAGGUAGAAAAGCAUUUAACAUACGAAUAGCUAGAGUCAAAUGGAGUAUAGACGUAUUCUUAUUGAAAGAAGGCGAUCGCUUUGAAAACCUGAUAUAUUACAGUUUUAUUUUUUUGUAUCAUUGACCAAGAAAUCGAUUUUACGAUUGCAAAGUAGGUUUUGGCAUAAUUAGAGUAGUAAGGGAGAAUUAUUUCAAAAUAUAAAUCACACUUAUAAAGGAAAGCAAAUAUGAUUUGCCAACAAUGUCUCAAAUCAUUAUAAAUGAAUAUUGUGAUUAACGGACAAUAGUCCGAGUUGAUAUUAUUAGUUGGUAGGAAAAUCACUUCAUAUAUUAUUUGAUCUAUCUUAUUCUUAAUAAAUUGGUAGGACCACCUAUUUUAUCACCGAAGUUUAGCUGUCAGUUUUAAUGCAGCAGUGAGUUAAACUUGAAUGCUAUAAUGUUUUGUAAGUUGUAUUAAUCAUGUAAUUUUCAAACUGAAGAAAUAUUAAAGAGUACUGAGAAAAAAAACCAUAGCAACACAGUAUGAACUUCCAUACUGAUUUUAGGUUAGCAACAGAAAAAAACUCACUUAAAUGCAAAAUAUGGUUUUCUUCCUUUGAAGUAUUAAAUUUCAUUUUUCUUAUGACAUGAAGUUUGCCUUUUCAAUUUGUUAAAAAUAACUGUAUGAAGAAAAAUUUUAAAGUAAUAAGGCGUUUUACAUUCAAAACUGUAUAUUUAGAUAGUUUUGGUUUUAUAUUUAAUUUGUAUAUGGUCCACUGUAACACUUAAGAUUGAUAUUGUUUCCUAGUAAUAUAUUUUUUUAACUACCAAUUCAUAUAAAAAUUUCUAUGUUUAUCGAAGUAUGUAAUUACUGUUAAAUACAUCCAUAUUUUACGAUCCGUCCUAGACAAAUACCAGUGUAAAACGGUUAAAGGCCUAUUAUAGAAAUCAUUGAAUUUAUAGUUUAAGUAGAUUCAAAACAUUGUUAAACAUUAUUUUUAUUUUGGUAAUUCUCACCCUAUUAAAAGAAAAUCGCCCUAAGAAAAUGGUAGCAACUUCUUGCUAAUAGUUGACCAUGAGUCUCAUCUUUGUGAUAAGAGUAUAUAUUAUCAUUGACGAAAGCCAAUGAUAUUAUGUUUUUUUUUUCUUUUUAUAUGUUACACCUUUGAUUAAAAUAGCAAUGCACAAUGCAUUGAGUGUUGUAAGUUGCUAUUAAAAAACUAUAGAUUUGCAAGAUUGGUACCGAACAAUAAAAUUUCAACUCUACUUGGUUGAACUUAAAAAGUUAAAACUUCGUUUGACUUUAUGUGUUUUUUAACUCUACUUACAAUACUUUGUUACCUGUUUGCGAGUGGUAGUUUUAGUACAUUAUGUUUUUUACGACUGCUUUUGUUUGUGUGUUCUUCCUAUUUUUUUUUUUUUUUAAUUAAUACCAAUAAGUCCACUUAGCUUUACCUUGACGCGACGUCUAAAAAGCCUCAAAUUAGGAUUAGAAUUACACCUGUAGAUACAUUUGAACAAUAUUUAAUGGAACAGAUAAGGUUUGGUGCGGAAAACUGUGAUAGUGUCUAGGCAAAGUCAGUAUUAUUUUUGAAAUCUCACAAGCACUGUAGAUAGGCACAGCUCAAAAGUUAUGAUAGAUAGGGUAGAAAAGAGUUAACUUACUUGAAAAUGGCUCAGUUUAAAAAUAUUAUUCUUUAAAUUGGAGUUAAGCUCAUAAUUAUUAAGUUUAACCAUUCAUAAUAUUGCUUUUUAGUUUUUAUUUAGAAAUUAUUUUAAGCUUUGCUUAAAACUAACCAAAUGUUAAGGCCUUUACAUCAGAUCAAAGUUUGUUUGAUUAGUUUUAUUAGAUUUAAGACUUUUUUGUUUCAUUUGUGGGUUCUUUAGAAUCCUCCUGUCAGUGUAGUUAUCAUAUUAAAUCACCUAAACUAUAUUUAAAAUGUAUUCAAUUUUUACUAAUUUUUAUUUGUAUACAAAUUGUAUAGGUUUUUGUCAGCAAUUUUUUUUCUGGAAUUUCUCCAGUUUUCAGUUAUUUAUUUUUUAUUUCAGAGAUAUUAUAUUGUAUUUUGUGUUUUCUUGUUUUAAUUUCAUUAAGAUUGUGUUAUGCAUUUUUUUAAUCCUUACCUUAACCCCUUCUUAUCCAAGUAUCAACAUCAACUGUGGUUAUAUAAGUAAAUAUUAAAUACCAAGAGUAUUAAUGUAUUGUUAAAUUGUAUUUCUUUGUUAUAAACUAAAUCUGGUAAAUCCAAGCAUCGUUUUGUGUGGUGUUUUGGGGAAAUUGCCAAAUUGAUAGGCUCCGUAAAUUUUUAAUGAGUACAAGAAAAAUAACUAUGGUCAUAGACAAGAGACAAUAUCCUACAUUUGUUAUUUAAAAGACCUAAUUUAAAAAAUGAAACUCUUAGGUUUUGUAAUUUGUUAACACAAUUUUAAUUUUGGAGUGUAAUAGGCUAGCCCUGAUGGUGCUGUAGACAAAAUGAUAAAAGUAAUUAAGUUGAGCCGAUAAAAAAGAUAUCCUCCAAAUUUGAUAGGGGUGUUUUACCAUUGAGAUUCCAGAUUCCUAUAAUUGUGAUGUCGGUAAUUUCAACCCUACAUCAGUAUCAGUAAUCUACUUUUUACUUAUUAGACUGAGCAAACCAGGUUAAGAAGGUGUUUAAGAGUAAGAUCGUUCCUACAUUAGAUCAAAGUUGAACAAACAAAUUUGAUGGGUCAAUUUGUUUAAUGUGACUACUUGUGUGUUAUGGUAUUUUUGUUUGUUUGUUUGCUAACGACAACAUCUUUAGAUGUGUAAGAAAUAAAAUAAAUUAUAUUUAUUUCA